GUCAUUCACACAAUAUUUUGACAUGGUAUCAGAGCAAGGUUGCUAAUUUUUCUUCCCUCAAAUUCUUUUCUGUCUUUUCGGUUUCGGAAGUGCCUCUCGUGUCUUUCGGUCAAGUCUGUGUUGAUCACGUCGUGGGUCAGUUUUCUUCUGGGAUUUUUUUGGUCAAUCCUUUUGUCUCGGGUUCUAUUUAUUUUCUAUGGAUUCCGCACCUCUGUGUGUUAAGUUUACAGGCACAAAUUAUUCUACCUGGGCAUUUCAGUUUGAACUUUUUCUCAAGGGAAAAGACCUUUGGGGUCAUAUUGAUGGCACGGAUGUUGAAAAACCAUCCACUUUUGAAAAAUCUCAGGAUGUUGGGUUUUCUCCUUCAUGGGAUGUGCUUGAUGCACGCAUCAUGUCUUGGCUUCUUGGUUCAGUGGAGCCUCAUAUUGUCACCCACUUGCGGCCCCAUCGCUCCGCUCAAUCUAUGUGGGCUUAUUUGAAGAAAGUUUAUCAUCAGGAUAACGAUGCUCGUCGCUUUCAAUUAGAACAUGCGAUUGUCAUGUUUCAACAUGGUAGUCUUUCCAUCCAGGACUACUACUCGGCAUUUCUGACUCUUUGGCAUGAAUAUGCUGAUUUGGUUACAGCGGAUGUUCCUAUUGCCGCUCUCUCAACUAUUCAGACUAUUCACGCGACUACCCGGCGUGAUCAGUUUCUUAUGAAACUACGUCCGGAACAUGAAUCUGUCCGCUCCUCUUUACUGAAUAGAUCUCCUGUUCCCUCUCUUGAUAUUUGUUUUGGUGAGUUACUUCGCGAAGAGCAACGCCUUAGUACUCAAGCUAUUUUGGAGCAAUCUCAUGGCAGUUCCGGGACGGCAACUGUAGCUUAUGCUACCCAAGGACGCGGACCACCUAUGCAUUCUAAAAACUUGCAGUGUUUUUGCUGCAAGGAAUAUGGGCAUAUUGCUGCCACUUGCCCUAAGAAGUUUUGUUCUUAUUGCAAGAAGAAGGGUCACAUUAUCAAAGAAUGUCGUAUUCGCCCCCAGAAUCGUCAAGUCCAAGCAUUUCAGACUUCGGUUAUUGUCCCUCUUAUAGCAACUUCUGCAACACACGACUCUCCUUCAACUGCGUGCUCUGUUCCUGCACCUCCUGCACCAGAUUACUGCACCCCAGAAAUGGUGCAACAGAUGUUAAUUUCAGCAUUAUCAGCAAUGGGGUUUCAAGGACCAGGUAACGGGGAAGCCGAUCGCAAAGGGACCUAAAGUGGGGCGCUUUUUUCCACUAUUUUUACCUGU